CGUCACUUGUAUUUCCUGUGGUGGCUGCUGUAUGUGUACUUACGGAGCCAAAGGGGUAGAUAACAUAGCUAGUUUGUACUAAAGGUGACAUUUUUUUUUGUCAAACGCGACUCUUCAGUUAAUGCUGUGAGGUAGUCCCUUUCUGGAUCAUGUACCGUCCGGAUCAACCUGAGCAGAGGCCACGGCCGCCGUUUGGUCCUUCGUCGCCCUGCGUUCCACACUUCACUCCUCGAGGGCCCUGUCCCUUGCCUCAUCUUGGACACUUGCCCCCUAGACCAAGUGAACCGUUUUCGGAGAACCUUUUUCGGUUCAGCGGACCGCCAAGAGGCCCCUUCGUCCGUCCCCAUUUUAGCAACUUCUCUAUAGACCGUAUGACAGUGGGAGGCAACCAGCAGACUGUCCCUUCAACAGAACACCAUCAGGCCCCACAGUGGAAUCCUGCACCUGUGGAACGCCAUCCUCAAGACAACAGUGACCGGGCUGGAGAGGAAUUCCUGAGAUGCAUUGCAGCUAACAAACCUCUACCAGACUAUCUGAAAGGGAAUAUGACAUACAAUCUGGUUGAUGCGUUGAAAUCUGCUCAAGACCUGCAAGAAGCACUGAAAGUAGAUCUACACUUCCCAAAGCAUGUUGUCAGGAACAAGAGCAGAAGCCGAAGUCGAGGCAAAAGUCCGGACAGGUUUCGAGCCAAAAGCCGAGCAAGGAGCAAAAGCCGAGCAAGGAGCAAAAGCCGAGGAAGGAGCAAAAGUCGUGUUCGUGGAAAGAGUCGAGCUAGAAGCAAACCCAGGGUUCGCAGUCGGAGCCGGAGUAAAAAGAAUCACAAACGAAGUAAGAGCAAAGUUAGAAGGUCAAAAUCCCGGAGUGCCAGUAGUGAAAAGACCCAUGGCAUGAAAAAAAUGAGGAAGAAGAGCCCUGGCCACAGUAGAAGUAGCAGUGUUAGCAGCAGCAGUAACAAUUUGACAGGAAAUUGUUUAUUGGAAGGACUGAAGAUGGUCAUGAAAAGCAAAGAUUUGGAAGAACGGUUACCAGCGCUCAAAGAUGCCAUCCUCAGUACUCGGGCCUCCAAUAAAACCAAAAAGGUGGAGAGUUUUUCAGCUGAGCACAAAAUUCAAAAGCAUGACAGCCAGGACAACUCAACAUUGCUGGAAAGCGACAGCAUGUUGCUUCCUCAUGAUAGAGUUGGCAGUGACUUUUCUUGGCUCAAGGACAAAAGUCAGGAGGACAUCUCGGUACAGAAAGCCAAGGAGCUGGAAGAUGAAGAGUCUUUCUUGUAUGGAGCUGAAGCAUUUUCUCAGAAUUCAGGCCAUGUCAAAGUUGAAAAAAUGAAUUGUUCUAGUGUUGGCAGUCAGCAGAACAUGCCUUUGUUCAGUGGGUUCAGUAAUCUGGUUGAUCCUAAAAAAACCCAGCAGAUGGCGUUAUCUGCUUUUUCCUCUGUUAGUCUGGACAGUAUGGAGUGUGAGAAAAUCAAGAAUAUAUUAAGUAGUCUAAGUGGAACAUCAGAUAUUGGCAAGAUGUUGAUGAAGACUCAAGGCCGAAAGGAGGGUAAUGAUGUGUCCCCUGCACUAUUCAGUUCAGACACUGCAGUGGCGACACUGAGUGAUCCAAACGUACGAAAAGCUUUGGAGUCUCUCCAAUCUCUGAUCAAAGCAACAAAGGAGAAACGGACUAGAAGUAACGACCAGACUUCAUCUGAUACACUGAAGGCAGGUGGCCAUGAAGAGAAGAAAAGAGACAAAAUGAGACAAAUUGAAUCCAUGGCAAAAGAACUGGAAGAGUUGCUAAGACACGAAGGACUGGGUUUUAUUUCUCCAGUUGUUGGGUUUUUCUGCCAGAAAUGUCAGGAGUUCAUUAGUGAUUGGAAUUCUGCUGAGACCCAUGCAACAAGCCACCAAAGUCAGUUGGAAAAAAAUGCUAAAGACAUUAAAGGCCACAGCCAGCAACACAGCAGCACCAGCAGUCAACACUCCCAUUCAGCUUCUAAGACUGACAGAGACCUCAAGAGGAAUUUGAUGAAUGAGAAGGAUCAAAGAAGCACGCACCAUGACAGCAGGUCUGAGCAGGGAAAUAUCUGCUUAAAAGAAGAGAUGAAAAAGGAGAGGAUGCUUAUAACUGUCAGCCGAGGACUAACACCUCCACCUCAGAGCAUCACAGUGAAACAGGAGAAAAAGGAGCAUGGGAAAGGCAAUGAAAAAAUAAACGGCAGUGAUAAAUCAUCUAAAGACAACAGAGAAAAACACCAGAUUGAAAAAGCUGUGAGCAGUUACAGCAGUGAAGAUGACAAAUCGUCUAAAAACAAAAAAUUGAAAAAGAGAAAGAAAAAGGAAAAAAAGAAGAAAAAAAAGAAGGAUUGAGGUUUGUAGAAUACUCUAUAGAGUAUACAAGUCUCUGGAGAAAUUUAGAGGUCUUAGAUUUCUUCCAAAAAACUGCUUCUGUAUUUGUUGCCAUUUUGUUAUUCUAAUCUGAAGUUGGCAUUCAUCUUAAAUAUUUGAAAUCUUAGAUUCAGUCGGGCGUGUUGGUAAGUUCCCCUGUUGGCUCUAAAGCAGAGUCCAGCAGAGAGUCUGUGUGAUUGGUAGUGAGAAGAAUGCCAAUAGGAUCUUAGGAGAUAGAUUUAACACUGGUCCAGUUUAUGUAUUUUUACAUCACAAUUUGCAAACCGUUGUCACAUUUAUGUUUGAUUUCUAAUUCUUCUUUCUGGUCCUAUUUUUAUUGAAACUCCAAGAUGUCUUCAUCUUAUGAUACUGUAAAUAAGAAAUACAGAUAUGUUCACGUUUUAAUAAAACUUGUGAGAAAGUCA